CUCUGGCAUUAGUCUGUGAGUGUGGGCGCGCUAGGGGGGUAGGAGAAAAAGGAGGAGGGUCCAGCCUACACAUAUAUACACACAGUAGCUGCCCGGACUUGAGACGUAGCUGACGCAUCGCCCGCUCUCUCUCUCUAACUCUCAUGGCGUUUGUCGUGAGUGCCGUCGUUUGAGUGCCAAACCGAAAGAAAAUAGUUGUGUGUGUGUGCGUUGCGUGUUUUUGUGCGUGAGUAGUGAGCGAUUGUGAAAUGAGCGUGUCCAACCAAAGCCGCAAGGACCAUUCCGAUGGAAGCGACGGGAGUGAUUCUGACGCGACGACGACGUCAUCAACGGAGCAUUUGACACGGGAGGAGAAGCUCUACGUUUUGCGUCACACUGCCCGUCAGGAACCGCAAGGUCAGGAGAGCAAGAGCUGGCAACAGCUUCAACAACAACGUCAAUCGCGGCCCAGCUGCCGCAGCUGCAGCGGACUGCAACUUGCACAGCACCAGCAACAUCAACAACGCAGUGGCAGCGUCAACCCGCUAGAACAAUCGAUGAAUAGCAGCGGCGGGGGACCCGAUCCGGCCUCCUCUUGUCGAACGCUCAUCAUUCACGGAAGCCUCUCGGAUGAAAGCUGGGCAAGGUUGGCUGGAACAGGAUCGAUACCCGAUUUGGGAAUGGCCGGUUCGUCGCAUUAUCUUACCAGCACACCCAAAACGCCACCGUUUCGACCGGCGUCGUCCGAUUGCAACGACGACGCAGAGGAUCUUUUGCUAUUGGGCAGCGCCAAUCGGCGUCGACGUCGCGGAGGAGGUCAUCCACCACCUCCGCCACCUUCACCACCUGGUGUUGGAGGAUUUACCACUCGGAGUCUUCCACGAUCCGCCAAAGAUUUCAGCGCUCUAUCUACCUACCAGCGCCAUCACCCGUCGUCCCAUUUGACCAGUCUGGCUUCACUCUACCACGAAGAACAAGAAAACACCGAGCUGGAUCACCAAAAUGGAUGUUGUGAACGUAGAAAACACUUGAAAAUGCUCCAUGGUCUCGCUCGUGAAAUGAACUGGAGCUUGCCCAUUACGACAACAAAUACGACAACGGCUGCCGGUCCCAGCGAUAGCUGCUACCCUUUAUCCAUCGAGGAAAGUGGUGAAGGCGCCUGUUCGGCCCUGUCGAUCAGUGACACACUCCUCAACGACCACCAGACGUUGCAGACACCGUCGUCCUACACCAGAGAUUUUACUUAUUUGAGUAAACCACCACCUGCUUAUCCGCGGAAUAAAAGUUUCGGCAGUGGUGCGGCCCCAGCAACGGCGGCGGCGGCAGCUGUCGCGACAGAAAAUGGAACUCCUGCCAGCAGCCGAAAUUCGUCAUCGUCAUCUUCUUGCCGGCGAAUAAAAAUCCGACGAGCGUUGUCCCGUUCCCAUCCCGAUUUGUCCAAAUUGGGUAAAGAGCUCGGCUGGAACAAGAGCAGCGCUGGGACCUCGGAUUCCAGCAAUACGUGGAGAGCGUUACGUCACAAUAAAACAGAGCCUGCUGCUCCAGCCGAAGAACUCAAUACUCAAACCGAAAAGAGCCAGAUCGAUCCGCCUAUUGAAAUUCAAACUGUUCCAGCAGAACCGACCGGACCAGCAACAAUAGCAAUUAGUGGAGACAAGGUAAUGGUGGUGAGGCAAGAGGAUUCUGAAGCGGUUUGGAGUACGCCAGAGCUAGUCGAUGCCAUACUGGAGGAGAAUUUCAAAUUGCGUCAACAAGUGCAGAAUCAUCAGGAUCACAUCGCCAAAUUGCAGAAAUUCGAAAAAGAAUUGAGCGCUGUCCAGGUCGCUCAUCAGGCUCUAGUGCGCUCCUCUGAGCGCAAAGAAUCGCUCGAGCAAUCUGCCCGAAUUCGACUCGAAGCCGAAUGGCGUCGCGCACAGGACAUGAACGCGGGGCUGCGCAAUCAAGUCGAGCUGUUGACAUCACAGUUGGCGCUCAGGAGCGCCUCGGUAGCUUCUCUUGGCAGCACCGCCGAAUCCGCAUCGGCCGCUGACUGGCAAAAUCAAAUUGCCCGCCGCGACGCUCUCAUCGCUCAACUUGUUAGCCAAAAUAAAGAGCUGAUGACCAACAAAGAGCGUCAGGAUAUCGAGCUUUGUGCCCAAAAGGCAACGCUACAACAACAGAGAUCGCAUAUCGAAAUUCUGGAGUCGGCCUUGGGUCGGGCCCAACAAAACGUCAAUCGACUGGAAGAUGAGUUCCGACGUCUGUGUAAUGGCGACUCGCGUCAUCUUUUGGCCUCAACUGGUGUCGAGUCUAAUGCAUCCGCUCAAGCGGAACCAGCGGCGCAUCGGGAAAUGGCGAAUAUGGAAAUCAGAAUUCGAGAUUUGGAAGCGAAACUGAGCGAAAAAGAAAUGCUAAUCCAUUUGCUUCAGCGCGCUUCCAUGGACCGUGAAAUAGCAUUUGGAGCCACGAGAGGAUUACCCGAGUCGGUCUCGCUGCUCAACAGAUACCCCAGCCAACAGCAGCAGUCUAGUCAACCGCAACUUGAGAGCCAUCUUGCCAUGAAUCUCGCCACGUCGACGACAAACGGAGUCAAAGGAGCUUGGUCAGGAAGUAGCGGCGUAUCCAGCUUACCAAGUAGCUCACGCGGGAGUGCCAUCAGCGUAGCCAGCAAUAAUAGCCCGUCCCGCGCCAAAGUACCAACAUCCUCCACUAACGCCCCCAACACUUCCGCCGCAAGUGAUGCCAAUCCAUCGGUCGCUAGUCAAAAUAACGGCAUUGCCGAGACGGCUCAAAGUCUUGACAAUCAGUUGCGUGCACUAGAUCGUUUUUACCAAAACAAACAAUCGCUGAUUCAGGCUCUACAAUCGGACAAGGAACGGUUCCCUAAUAACUACUGGCCUUCUUAAGAGAUUGUAUAUAACCGGUCGCUGUCUACAGAAACCUAUCUAAUCAAUAUAUAUCGUCUCUCUCUAUCUCUCUAUGAAAAAGAAAAGUAAUCAAAGUUUUCUCAGUUUUAAAGACACUCAAAAAUUGACUGUUGGAUUGUGUAUUUGUGGUUGAAAAAUGCAAUCGUUUUUCCGACUCA